CAGUGAUGACUGAAUGUGAGGGGAACGUCGAUAAUCAUUCGAACUAAUUAUAUGAACCGUUUUAACAAAAACCUGGAACAGAGACUUCUUCUCAAAGGAUACGCUAUUACUAAGGAACAACUCAGCAAGCAAGCUCUGGGCGUAGACUGGAUAAAUAGUGCGAAGUUCUGAAUCUUUGUUGUCCGAGCGAGAGGGGCCUGGGGACAGACCUUAGUGUUCCUAAAUAGCUAAUAGUUUGGUCUGUAUUAACUGUAAAAUGUCAUUUUUGAUUUAAAUUAUGCAGUUAUAAUUUAUAUAUGUUUUAAAGCGUUCCAAAGCAUCUGAAUAGUAUAUGAGAGACUCAGCGGUCCGCGUUUGUUGAUUUGACUCUCCACUUGUCAGAUAGCUAACGCUAGUUACUCAGUAGCUGGCAAGCUAUCCCAUCCUAUUUAACCUAGGCUAGCUUACACACAGUUAGCAAGCUACGCGCAUAGGAAGCUGUUGUUUUCUUUACUUUAUCCAGCGAACGAACCCUUGGUGCCUCUUGCUCUUCAGACUAUUUCAGAAGGUAACAAUCUAUCAGGCCAUUGCUUGUUGUUUUAUUUUCACCAUAACGCUGUGUGAAGCAUUGUUUGCACGAGAGUCUUCUUUUGUGUUGACAAUUUGGCUGGAGGAUGCUAAGCUAACAAUGAAGUAGCACAGCAGACCUUACCUUAGGUUAGCUAGCUAACCUAGCUAAGUCAUAGAUAGUUUGUGUUGUUAAGUUCGCUUUUAUGUAAAAUAGCUUGAUACCUAUCGACUUUGUUAGUUUUGGGAUAUGGUCAGCUAAUCUUUAAUGUUUAUUAAGGUUUUCUGUGUUUCAAUCGACUCCUUUUAAUAUAUCAUUGGUUGUACAAAAGUAGCCUUUCUCUAUCCAUAACCAGACUGUCAGUGUGAUGAAACUGUCGUUUCUGACUAACUAAUUAGUUUAAGUAUCAUAUUCUUUUAUGAUCUGUCAGGACGUAUUAUAAACCAUUUAGGAGUGAUGCGAUAUAUUUGAAAGGAAUUAGGUAUGCGGUAAGGGUACCUAAAAGUUAAGCCAGUGAAGCCUGCGCAUGAUUAUGCCAACUUGCUAAAUGGUGCCCUCUGGAACUGUUGAAUGACUUGAACGAUAGGACUGUUUUAAUCAAACUUUUUGUUGAUUUGGCCCAAAAGCUUCAUGACGUAGUUUCCCGUAGCCCUGAAAAGAAUUGACAGUCAGGAGUCCAUCCUUGGUCAUCAUUACGGCACGAUACAGUGCCCGUCUCACUCGCCCUCACACGGGCUCAGAUGUGAGGGAGAAUGGGCACCCAGGGAAGCCCCGUGAAGAGUUACGACUAUCUUCUCAAAUUCCUCCUGGUGGGAGACAGCGAUGUCGGAAAGGGGGAAAUUCUGGACAGUCUUCAAGACGGAUCUGCGGAAUCUCCUUACGCGUACAGCAGCGGAAUUGACUACAAGACCACCACGAUACUGCUGGACGGGAGACGAGUGAAACUGGAGCUUUGGGACACCUCAGGACAGGGCCGGUUCUGCACCAUUUUCAGGUCCUACUCCAGAGGGGCACAGGGAAUCCUGUUGGUGUAUGACAUCACCAACCGCUGGUCUUUCGACGGGAUCGACCGCUGGAUCAGAGAGAUUGACGAGCAUGCCCCGGGUGUGCCACGCAUCCUGGUGGGUAACCGCCUUCACCUGGCGUUCAAGCGGCAGGUGCCCACGGAGCAGGCGCGGGCGUACGCCGAGAAGAACGGCAUGACGUUUUUCGAAGUGAGUCCGCUCUGCAACUUCAACGUCAUCGAGUCGUUCACCGAGCUCUCGCGCAUCGUGCUCAUGAGACAUGGCAUGGAGAAGUUCUGGCGGCCCAACCGGGUGUUCAGUCUUCAGGACCUGUGUUGCCGAGCCAUCGUGUCAUGCACGCCCGUUCACCUCAUCGAUAAGCUUCCCCUCCCCGUGGCUAUCAAGAGCCACCUCAAAUCCUUCUCCAUGGCCAACGGGAUGAACGCCGUCAUGAUGCACGGACGCUCCUACUCGCUGGCCAACGCCGCUGGGGGCAGCAAAGGAAACAGCCUCAAACGCUCCAAAUCCAUCCGGCCCCCCCAGAGCCCACCCCAGAACUGCACCAGAAACAACUGCAAAAUCUCCUAGCCGGGGGGGCUAGGGGGCUUGAUCCCCCCCCCCGUCUCUCCCUAACACUCAGGAGUGCAUGGACACAUAGACCCAGGCCACAGAUGGGCCAAAGCAGCAUGCUGAAAACCAACUCCCUACCCCAACCCCCCAGGAAAGAAAGAAAGAAAGAAAGAAAGAAAGAGAGAGAGAGUGGAGGUGUAGAGCCAGCUUGCUGCAGGGGGUCUCUGGACACCCGCUGACUACCAGUCCACUGCAGUCAUACUACAACAGAUUAACACAAUCUGCCAAUCAACGUCCAUGCCUUUGAUUUCUGUUUCAGACCGAACUGAAAAUACCUGUGCUGCAUCAGGCUUCUUGCUUCUCACCUGGAAACAAUUGACACAGUCCAGUUUUCUGCCGCCACCGCCACCUCCUCCCCAGUGGAUAAGUCUGGGGAAACGACAGAGCACAGCGCGGAAAAAACCAGACACCCAGGUGAAGAUGUAGGUUUUGGCUCAACCCAGUGCCGUGUUUGAAGUUCAUUUCUGAAGCUCAUUAAACAUUGUAACACCUUAAGUCCUGGGAGCGGGCUUUUGGUUUUUUCCAUCUUCAUCCUCUGACUGGAAUGUGUCCUUCCGCUGGUAAGGACCAGUAAGCAGGCGCUGGUACUGAAACCAGCACCUUUGCGGUUCUGGAUACUGGGCUUUGGAGGACAUGCCUGUGUAAGCUGAAGUAGUAGUCAGUCCAUGGAUGCAUGCUCACUGAUAAGAUAUGAAUGACUUGUUUGGGGACUAAUGUGUUAAUGUGGGUAAACCAGUGAAUUAAAAGCUGAUAUACAUUGACAAUAAGGGUGUCUGUUAAUUGGUCAAUGCUGCAGGAAGUGGUUGUUUGCACUCAUGACGAGCUCACAGUGUGACUGGUUUUCUGCCCAUGAAAUCUGAAUUUAGGACAUUUUCUUUUACACACACACACAAAAAAAAGGGUGUGCAUUGACCCGAAAGCUUAAAACACAAGCGUUCUCCUGGCGGACAGGGCCUCGCGGUCUCGCGUCUCCUUCUCUCUGUCCUUUGCUGGGAAGCCACGUGGGCGUGGACGAUCCUUUGCCAGGUCGAGAAUCUUCUCUCCUCUGAUUGGUGUCGUCUCAGGGGACAGCUGGGCAAAAGAGCAGAGCUCCUUAACGCGUUCAGCUUUCGGUUUGUCCGGAAGCUUCCAAACCAGGGACGUGACAUUUUUUAUGCCAUAUCUCUCCUCCUUAAAAAAAAAAAAAAGUGAUAUUCUCCAGCAAAUAAUUCCU